UACCUUUCGUGUGACCUCUUGAGAAUCGUUUGUCUUUUCUAUCGACUUUAAAAUAUCGUAACCCGCGGGCAACAGACUAAACUCUUUAGUUAAAUCAAUAUUUUGUUGUUCUGAAGUCGCCAUGUUGGAACAAAUUUCAAUCACCUCCCCCUCCGGUUAAUUAACUGGGUUUUAAUAGUUGAUCCUUCGAUAAUAGAAGUAGGAAUUUUGCAUAGUUUUUAGAAAAUUGAAAUCAAACUUAUCAACGUUGGAACGUUUUGAGGACUUUAUAUUAAGGAAGACAUUCCAAAGAAGACCUAGUAACAUGUGUCUCAACAGAUAUAAAGUUUAGGUUUGCAUAAAAAUGCAGGAAAUGACUUCAUGAAAAAUUGAAACUUCCAAAUAUUGGCCCAAUGUUAGGGAAAACUAAGGAAUCUCUGAGAUCGUGCUAAGGAAUUAUUGAGAUAUUGCGCGAAUAUUUGAUAGUAUUUACUUUUUUAUGCAAAAAUGGCUAAAGUAGACCUAAAACUUGGCAGUGCUAUCAACUUAUCGAAGUGGUUGGAUGAAAAUGAAGCUUCCUUUGUGCCGCCGGUUUGCAACAAACUCAUGUAAGAAAUCUGUAUAUAUUUUAUAACAUUCUUUAAAUUUUUAUUAGUAUUUAGAAUAUGUUGCAACUUUUACCUGUGGCGCUUUAGGUUAAUUAUUAACUCUAGCAGGGCAAAUGAGAGGUGUACCCAAAGUCCAAACAAUGCCACUUCCCAAGCAUUUCUGCAUUCCCUUGGCCACUGGAGGUUUAAUUUAGACCUAGCUUGAGGGCACAGAAAUACAGAAUAGAGGUCUUGCAGAAGGCCAACUUCUUGGUUUUGGCUAUGAUUUUGGUAUAACCAAUUUUACAAUUUAUUACCUUUGUCUUAGGCUGGGUAACCACAACAGCAGUUGCCAAUUACUGCGGCCGCAACCAUUGCAAUGCUGUCACCUUGUUCCUGAUGCUUAUGAUUCAAGGCAUUCACGCCCCCCCCCCCCUGAAAGUAUUCAAAAUUGCAAACGUUCAGGAGGGUGAUUGCCUCUCAUAAGCCCACUGGCUAGGAAUGUUAACAUGGUGACAACAUUUUGAUCAAGUAUAAUUGCAAAUCAUGGCAUUGGCAGUGGUUAUGCUUUUUUUGGCUGGGUCGACCUUCUGUGUGUCUCUAUUUUGUGUUGAGGGUGUGGUUUGGCCAGCGUACAAUAUCGUUUGAAGGUGCCCUGGAAGAAAGUAAAUUGUGCUCCCGAAUAAUACAAAGCUUGUGAGCUGGCUGCUCAUAUGAUAAUUAACUUACAGUCAGACCUCUCAAAUAUUGGAGAGGUUUUUUCAAAACAAAAUAUAUUUUGGGACAUAAGAAAUGGUCCUGUUAUUAAACAGAGAUGUGUCUGUAUUAGUGAGGUGCACAUUUUUUAAAAAAAAUAUGUGUUUCUGUGCAGGUAUGGUGAAGGUCAGCUAAAGGUAAUGUAUGUUGGUGGACCAAAUACAAGAAAAGAUUUCCAUAUCGAGGAAGGAGAAGAAGUGUGUAAAAGCUGCAUUUACAUAUAAAUUUAUAGCCCAACAAUGUUAAUCCAGUGGCAGCACUUUCCUCUUCAUGAGUAAAAUCAUCUGGUAUUGAUUAAGUAGGGUACAUCAGGGACGUGCAUUGCCACUUAAAGGGUACAUAAUUAACAGGAUGAUGUCUAAUUAACCCACUGAGUAACAGCAUUCUUCCCUUGACAUGCAAGUAAAAUCGUCUGUCAUUAGACUGAGUAAAAUAACAAUAGUAAGCCAGUGCAUCAGGGUGCAUUGCUGCUUAAUGGGUUAUAACCAUAUUGCCCCAUAUUUAACUCUAACUUGCAAUUUUAAUUUGUCAUUUCAAUGAUUUAGUUUUUCUACAUGGUGAAAGGUGACAUGUGUCUGAGGGUGAUGGAACAAGGGAAACCAAAAGACAUAAUAAUCAGAGAAGGAGAGGUUGGUUCUUAAUAAAAGCUGUCCACUGUUAUAAAUGGAUUGUUAUAAAUGGACUCAAAUCUUUUAUACAUAGUCAACAUUAAUGGAACACACAAACUACAUUUUUAUUGAGUUUAAUUGUUUGUAGUCGAACAUCUCCUUACAGCCACCUCUCAGUCCUCACAAUUUUUCAACAGCAAAUGGCAAUUGCUGUCGAUGAUGCUGCAGAAAUGAAAUUAUGAAAUGAAAUUAUCGAGUCAGACGGCAAUUUUUUGCUGAUGAAUAUUUUGUGAGCACUACAUUCUGCAAAUUUGAUUGAUUUUUCUGAAAACAUUACUGCUACAAUUAUGAACAGCUGGGCAUUUAUUAAAAAGAAAAAUAUCAUUUAUAUAAUUGUUUUUCCUUGUUAUUCUGCCUCUAAUAAAGACACCUCUCUAAUUCUCUAUUAUCAGCAAAUAUGGGCCGCAGGUCUACUUAAGGAGAUUAUAUAUUCUAUUUUUAGGUAUUUAUGUUGCCUUGUCAUAUUCCGCAUAGUCCUCAAAGGUCAGAAAACACUGUUGGCUUGGUAAGGCGAAUCUAUUUUAUAUUUCAUCCAUUGAGUGCCAGCGCUCUCCCCUUCACAAGUGAAUAAAGUUAUAGGUCGUAUUGAGGUACAAUGCGACUCAAUGGGUUAAUGAAGAUGAUACAUUUUUAUUCACUGUAUUCUGUUUGUAUGUAAUCAGGCAUCUGGAUUUUGAUUUGAUUGACAUACCGGUAUACCAGACGUACAUUAUCACAUCAUAUUUUAUGUUAUAUACAGGUAAUUGAAAGAGAACGAGAGGAGGGGGAGCAGGACUGCCUCAGGUACUGUGCACAGGGCCAUUGCUAGGGGGGGGGGGAGGUAGGGUGACAUCUUUGAACACAAGAAAAAUAAUGUUCGUUAGUUUUGCUGAAUCAUGACUUAUUUCAAUACAUCAAAAUCAUUCUGCCUCACACCCCCUAAAGGCCCAUUUCCACUCAAGAGAAUAUCACUUUUCUCAAGGUAUUACUGUGAAGACAACUCAACCAUCCUGUUUGAGAAAUGGUUCCAUUGUACUGACCUGGGAAAAGACUUGGUUCCAAUCGUUAAAUCGUACGUCUUAUGCUUAUUUUUUUACCAUUUAAUUGACCAAGAGAGAGAGACUCGAGAGAGUUUGUUCAAUAAUGGCUAUUAACUUUAAUUAUCAAUAAUUAAGACCAGGGAACCAUUAUCUUCCUAUUCACUGCUGAAGUUAUUUCUUAAAAUCUUGGUCUUAUAUUGACGUUUGUAGGUUUUUUACAUCUGAACAACAUAAAACAGGCAAACCAAUUCCAGGUAUAGAUUUCAUUGCAAUUAAUAUUGCAAAUUAGUGAUUAUGUGCCAAUAAAAUCUCUCGACAUUCAUGAAAGAGUAAAAGCUGAUUAAUUCACAUUGAACCAGAUACCAUAGACAAAUCUGGGCGAUUCUCCUUAGUCCUUUCCAUUCACAUGAAACACACGAAACCUGAAAAAUGUGAGCGUAACAACGCGCAAGUUGUUACAGAUCUUCAAACAAGUUCUAACAACGUUGUAAUUGUUAAGCCGAUAUCAGAAUGUGCCCGUUGUUGCAACAAGUCUGGAACAAGUUGUCAUUAUUUUGUUACGUGGUUGAUGACGUGAACAGACUUGCUACAAGUUGUUCCAACAAGUCUAAUACAGGCUGUUCGUAACAAGUUGCUACGAGCUUGUUGUUAACAACUUGUUACGUGCAAACGAUAUCAGACUUGCUGGAACAGCUUGUUGCGAGUGUCUGUUAAUUCGCCUCAUCAACCUUGUUACAAGACAAAAACAGUUGUUCCAGAAUUGUCAACAACUGGGAACAAAGUAGUGCGAACAUAUCUUGUUGAUAAGCUAUGAGAUUUAAAGAUUUUUACGCGUGUACGGUGUAAGUAGCUAACUAUUUUCAGUAAAUUUUCAUGUGAAUGGCCAACAAAUGGGCAGGACAAAUUUUUCGUAGUCCAUACGUAUAUACAGUGCGUCCGUUGUUUUACAGGCACGAUCACAGAUAAGCCACCAUUUCAGCUUGAUACGACAACUAAACUACAUGAUCCGUUCUCGCUGCGAAAGGUAUAAAUGAUUGUUUUGUUUAAACACUCCGUUACUUAUACUUACCAAAGUUUAGUAAAUUGAUUUUUAUUCGAGUAAUGCCAAAUUUCUUGUUUUGCUUUUGACAAUGAAGUUUAAACAAACUCAGUCUGUUGAAAAACCAGUAUAAAGUACAAUUAUAUAUAGCACUGUAUUUGUAGUGUAUUUUUAUUGCUAAGUUUAUGAUGUCAAUUAAAUUUAUUUUCAGUGGGUUGAAGACAAUAAAUCUGAAAUAAAAGAAAAAGGUUGCAAAGUUCUGUUCGAAACUGGACAGACAAAGGUAACGUAUAUACGUGGAAUACCUAUAAUAGUUGGUACUCCUUGUUAAUUAAUGAAGAAAUUUAGUUUUGUCUUAAAUUAUUUUGAAGUUGAUAUUAUUAAAUUAUUUUGAAGUUAUUUUGAAGAUAUUUUCGGAAAAUUUUCUGUCCGUGGAAAAUUUUCUUGAGUAAAAAUGGCCCUGUGAAAACGCGCGAAUUUCUUAUUUACAAAAUGUUUCCAUUUCUAACUAAUACAGAUCACAGUCCACGGACCAGGUGACUAUUUUACGGAUGGUGACUCAGAAACAUGGCUUUGGCAAAUUGUAAGGGUUCUUAUUUCUAAGAGUUUACACUUUUAUUUCUGUUAUAGACUGCGAGCAAUCCCUCUAUUUUCCUUCGUUUUAUUGUUUCCCGGACUAAGAUUGAACGCGCGGGAAAAUGGCAAAAAGGGGCGGAGACGAGAGGAAAAAUAGAGGGAUUGCUCGCAGUCUAUUUCUGUUACUUUACUUUCAGAAAAGGUGGUCAUGAUCAUACAGUCUAUCACUUUUAUGCAAUUACAAAAUAUUGUCCGCUUUAUCUCAUAUCGUAUUUAUCGUCUGUUAUUUUAGAAUGGCAAUUCAAAUUUUACCUGCAACGGUGUCGACACUAAAUUGGUGAAUAGUGAUGUAAUUUUGGUCCCGUCUGGAACGAAGUAAGAUAUACAAUUAUCUUUCUACCGUAUUGUCUUUAAUCGUAUCGUAACGUACCGUAGAAUUUCCGUUUGUGUCAAAGUCAUUAAUUCCACUCAGGAAAGAAAUACGAGAUUUAACGCCGGAAAUUAUCUAACUGAUAAUUUUCUCAUGCGAUGCUUGUUUUCCAGAUAUUCUUGCAAGAUAGAAUCAGACGCACAAAUUGUUUCUGUGGUCAUGGAUCCGAAAAUGAAAUCGAAAUAGCUGAUGAAAUAAUCAAAGUAAAAGAUCUGCAAUAAUUUAUACUCUUUCGGAAAGUAGGUAGCA